AUGGCCAAAGGAAUCACUUCCGAAGCCAUUGGCGCGCACGACGAAAGAUCUCCGAAUCCACACGUUCAAAUCGCCUCAAACUUCACAAGGAGCCACAAAAUAAGGUUGGUCGAUGAAACUUCAUUUCAGUACAAUGAAUUCCUUACAAUUCAAGAGAUGGCCGAUGGAGUGAAAUUUGGCCGAUCGCGAGCAAGUAAAAUGGCCGACAAUCCAAAUCACGGCAUUUACCGCGGCCACCGGCUCAAAUCACCUCCAUCAAGCCUCCACAUCGCAUCUAAAGAAGAAAAUCCAGAUUGGAACGAGCAGAAUUGGAGAAGACCGACGGAAGACGUUCCCGGAGCCAAUUUGAAAAUUUUUUCAAAGGAGAUCUCAAACCACUCGUUCAAACGACCCCAAACUUCACCAGUCGCCAUAUUAUACAAUAUUGGUCGACGAAAUUUCAAGAUAGGUCGAGGAAAUCUUCACGGUUCGAGCUGUAGUCCAUACCAUCACCAUCCGGUCGACCAAAACGGACCAGUCUCGGCCAAAAAGGCGAAAAACAGAAAACCAAGGGAGAAUUGUCACAUUCAUCCAACCAAAUCCAACAGCUAUGAUGUUUGCACCAGUCAGUUCAUGGAAGCAACCUCAUGCACAACCGAUCUUCACAUCAAAGGCCAACAAAUUUGGUCUUGGCAAUACAUCUUACCACAGGGACACUAUGAGUUGAUCGAUCUACCAAAAACGCCCACACCUCCAAGGACUUGA